AUGUCGUGGAGAAUCCCAUGGAGCUCCACCGAAGGAGACUCCCCACUGAGUGCUUUGAUCAACUGCUGUGAAUCUAAAGCAAUUGAUAGUUUUGUGAUGCUAAGAUCUAAGGCUUUUUGCAUGGCAAGGAAGAAGGCAAUUGCUUCCGCCAUAAGUGGAGAGCUGACAUUAUACUCUGUAGAUCUAAACGAGAUUUUGGUAUGUGAUGAGUGGUCAAUGAAGAGCCAUCCCAGACCUCAUCUUGAGAGUCCUCUCGCCAUUAUGUUGCAUCCAUCAUCAACAAAAUCCAAAGAAAGAGGGGGCAUUGCCCAAUUCUUAAUGGUAGGAGGCAGGAGCAAUGGAAGAAUGAAUGGAGACACGUUUCCUCUUCACCACAGUGAGGGCACUUAG